AUGUGUAUGCUGUUAUUGCAGGUUAAUGGAAUAGGAUGUCGAGCUGUUUAUUCAACAAAUCUCACAGAUGUAGAUAUUCUACGACCUAUUAGACCACUAGAAGUUAAUGACUGCUUAGUGGACUACAUCUAUGUUGAAACUAUACAUGCUGGUGUUCAAUGUGCUUUUGCAGCCUUGGGAUUGUGUGUGUCAAUUUAUCUCCUGAAAGUUUUUUCUGAGGAAGAUGACAGCUGCAAAGCUAAGAGCAGACCAACUUCAAUUUAUUCAGUUGAAUAUAGCCCCCAGCGUGAAGGUAGUGAGUCUCCAGACUUAGGGCUUGAAGAGGGCCCAUAUCAACAACCUAUGACUCCCCGACGAGUUAAGCGCCAGAGCCGACACCGAGCCUCUGGCCGGUCACAAACUCGCAGUACGCAAGGAAGGGGAUCCCAGCGCUCCCGAAGACAUCAGUAUCUUAACCCUGUGAAUAGACUCAUGGACAAGGCUAAUGAGUCUUCCACAAGCACUGACUCGUAUCACCCAGCGCCUGGUUCAAGGCCUCCCACUGGGGGACGGCAGGGUCAUUCCAACCCUAUGUAUGUCCACUCCAGGCCAAAUUCCACUUACUCUAUGAACAGUUCACCCCCAGGCCAAGACCCUAUGGAACGGCCACCCUCUGUCCAUUCCUCAUAUUCCAAUUACCAUGGUCAAAGGCCCUCAAUUAACCCCAAUCCAUAUGGCAGGCCACCUGUUCAGACAUUGACAGCUGGUAUGAUUGGUGGAUCUAAUCACCACCGAUCCAAUCGAUCCAUGAUGCAGCCAAAUGGACAUGUAAAUCCUACAGGAACUUUAGGCUCCAUUCGUAGUUCUGUUUACAGUAGUACUGGUACAAUGAGAUCCGAGAGGGAAAAACCUCCACCAUACAUGUUUGGUGUCAACUCAGAGACUGUCAUAUGACUAGACAGGACCGGACAGCAGUGAAGUCGUCCAAGUCAUUGCCUGCUGUCCAGUGUGGCACACGGUAGCUUUAGAUCACCUUGUGCCUUUUGGUAUUUUCUACUGCAGUGCUAAGGUGCACUUUUAUCCUUUUUUUUUUUUUUUCUCUCUGACUCAUUUGUUUAUCAUAAGUGAUGAAUGUCCUCAUUCCUCGUUUCAAUUUUCUUUUCUUGUUUUUUAGAAUGUGAGUCUAUGUCUGUGAUGAUCCAAAGAUAUAUGUAAUGUGAAUAUAUUCAGUUUCUGUAUUUGCUCACAUGCAUACCAUAGGACUGUGUUCAUAAUCCUAGCUUCUUGCACAACCUCUUAAUUUCUCAGUACUUUUACUUUUAGAUACCAAAUGCUUUGAAAUGUCUUCUACAAUGCACAGUAGCUUAAGGUUGUACCUCUAACGCGUUAACCUUUAAGGUGGGUAUGAGCCACUGCCGUCUUUACAGUCACUGCCAGCAGUAUAUAAGACAAUAUUGUGUCUAAGUCACAUUAUUAAGUACUAAUGAUGUUUGGUUCACUGUGAUAGAAGCCAGCAUUUCUGUACUUGAUUACAUUUAUUACUCUGUGGAAUUGAAAUACUGUGUAGACAUUACUUUUAGUGUAAAAUGUGCAUGUGAUAUCCAUAAGAAUUGGAAAACUAUUUAUUGACUUUGUCUUGUGAUGAUUGUACUAUAUUUUAUGUUUUGAUUUUAAACUCUUAUUUUCUUCAUAUCUUUACUCAGAAACAGCAGCAGCAUUUUCAAUUUUAUUUCCUCCAUAAAUUUGGAGGAAUAUGAGGGGAAAGUAAUGAUAAUACCUUUAAAUUAAAAGUAAAUUAUUUAAGACUUAAGAAAGUGUAAUGCUUUCCCAGGUUUCAACAGACAUUUUGGGUUUCUUUUAAUAUUUUUGAAUGGUAAUUUACAAGAACAGUUGUUUUCCUAUAUAAACCUGCAUUGGUUAUCUAAAUUGCCUGGACUACAAGUUACGACAUCUGGCUUAGUUGUCAGGAAAUGAUGAUCAGAUAAAUUCCAGAGGGAAUGAUUGCCAUGAUUUAUAAUAUAUGUAUACACACCUCACUAGAGCAUUACAUGUAUGCAGACUCACAUAAGCACAUCUAGAGGAUACAUGACUUCACUCUGAAUUAGUGUAGGAAGCACAUAUUUUCUUUUGUAACAAUCAUUUGAAGAAAUACAUUUUGUCUCUCAAGCAUUUUGUGUGUAAAAAUUGGCUGCAUUUAUAAUCAAAGUUUGGUUUUGAUAUCAGAUGCCAAAUGAUUUAUGAUCUCAAGUGAACCAGAAAGUUUAAUAAUUGAUGCAAACUUUUAAAAAUUUUCUGGCUUUUUCUCCCACUGCUGAAAGUAAUGUUUCAGCUAUGCACGUGUAAAUUGUAAAUAUAUGUAAAUGUGUACAGUUCUGAAUAUUUUAUGUAAAUAAAGCCACUUUUCAGUGUAUCUCUAUGGAAUAUUGAAUGAUAAAAAUGACACAAAAUAAAAUAAAUGAUUUUUAUUUAU